UCUACGAAGCUUGCUCCAGCGUGACGCGUGACGGCGUGACGGCGUGACCCCAGAAAUGUUAUUGUUUAGGUUAGGUUAGGUUAAAUAAAAUUUCGUUUUGAUUUUACUUUUUGAUUUGACAAAUAUUUUUAGAGUUAUUGGCUUGUAAUGUUUUAUUUGUCUUACUUUGUAUAUCAGAAUUUAUAUUACUAAGAAUAUGCUACCUGCAUUUGUGAGUCAACUUGUCAACUAUCACGAACUGUCAUUACGCACGCAGCUACAAACAGCUCUAGUAAGCAUCUUUCACGCGAAUGCAUAUUUGAAAGUAAUGAUGGUAAAAAAGUAAAAUUUUUCAAAAAGUCCGAGUUAUUUAGGGCAUUGUGGCGAAAUAUAAAUCAUUAUAGUAAAAUUGAUUUAAAUGCGAUAAAAUUAUACACACAUACAAAAAGUCUGAUGAAUAUACUUAACCUUCAAAACACACAUACGUAAAAAUGGUGAUAUAUGGUGUUUACAUCGUGUCAAAAUCUGGUGGUUUAAUUUUUAAUCACGAUCAUAAUGUUCCGAAAAUUGAAGUCGAAAAGUCUUUUAACUUUCCACUCGAUAUUAAAUUAAGUUAUGAAAAUAAAAAAGUGGUAGUAGUUUUUGGACAAAGAGACGGAAUAAAUGUGGGUCAUGCACUGACUGCUGUGAAUGGAGUUGCAGUCACAGGACGUGAACUUGAAGAUGGACGAGAUGUGUUGGAAAUGUUGGAACAACCAGAAAAUUUUCCUAUAACAUUGAAAUUUAGUCGGGCAAAAAUGACAACAAACGAGAAAAUAUUUCUAGCUUCAAUGUUUUAUCCACUCUUUGCUAUAGCAAGCCAAUUAAGCCCAGAACCACGAAGUUCCGGGAUUGAGAUUCUCGAGGCAGAUACAUUUCGUUUAUAUUGUUUCCAGACAUUGACAGGCAUUAAGUUUAUGAUAGUAGCAGAACCGUCACAACCAGGCAUGGAAAUUUUAUUGAAAAGAGUAUACGACUUAUAUGCAGAUUAUGCACUAAAAAAUCCAUUUUAUGCAUUGGAAAUGCCGAUUCGAUGUGAACUAUUUGAAACUAAUCUACAAACAUUACUUGAAACAGUCGAAAAAUCUGGAAUAAGCAAUGUUUAAUAUAUGUGUGUUGAACAUAUUAUACAAAAUUAUUUUUUUUUCUUAAUUUCCAUUAUAUAUAUAUAUAUAUAUAUAUAUACUGUUAUAUGUAAAGCUUAUUUUUAUCACAUAAUUAAAGCUCUAAUUAUUUGAUGAAACAAUAAAAAGUGAUUUUUCCCUA